AUGGCAUUACAAUCAAAGGAACAGGAAAGAAAAGAGCAGAAAAAAAAAGAAAAAGGGGCGAAAGAAAAAGAAGAAGCAAAAAUCAACUACAUUCUACGAUUACUAGGACGCAAGAGGAAACCGAUUGAGGAGGUGAUCCAUCACGAACAUGAAGAGCAGCAGUCACUAAACUCAGUUCAGGAAGAGCCAAUUACUGCUACUGGUGACCAGGACUACGAGAAUUUAACUGAAGAAAUAGCAACAGCACACAAUCCUUUACUUUCUGGUGUUUCUAGUCAACCAACGGAGUUUAUAACUUCUAGCUAUUGGCAAAUGUCUACAGAAACAAAUAAUUUGCCUAUUAAGGUCAACUAUACUUCUCUCACUACGGAAUCACAACGAUUGACAAGCAAAGAGAUUCUCAAGACGUACAAUGAGACUUCAGACUUAGCUUUUUAUACAUUAGAUCAUUUGGCAUACAUUAUUGACCAUUUAAAUGAACCAAUGCCUGGUGCUUAUAAAUCUUUGGAUUCGAACCAUUCAUGGAUGACAUAUUGGUUAUUAAACGCAUACAGUUUGAUCAAAAGAAGUGGAGCUAGUGAAGCAAAUGAAAAAGAAGAUAAGCUGGAACCAGAGACAAAUAAGACGAGUAAAGCUCAACAAAAUGACGAUACACAAUUUACAAUUACACCAACUAUGCUCGAAUUAAUCAAUGACAAAAUUGAGCGACUAAUUUUAGCAAAUGGAUAUGGAGGAGUAGCUGGUGGUAUUAACCAAUUGGGACAUGCAGCAUCAACAUACUCGGCCAUUCUAACACUUGUUCUUACCCAAAACUAUACUCUUUUAAACAAACUUAGACCAGGUAUUUACUCAUGGUUACUAUCAUUAAAAAGAAAACACUUUAUUGCACCAGAUAAAUCUGCAUCUUCAUUUGUGAUGCAUGAGCACGGAGAGUCAGAUACACGAUCGACGUAUUGUGUAUUGGUUAUUGCCUCGCUUUUGGGUAUAUUGACUCCCGAACUAUGUGCUGGUGUUGAAGACUGGAUCUUACAAUGCCAAACGUAUCAAGGUGGUUUUGCUGGUGUUCCUGGUGUAGAAGCACAUGGCGGGUUAACCUAUUGUGCUCUAGGUGCAUUAUUUUUGUUGAAUAGUAGUCCAGAAAAAAUACGAGAGAAAAUGGAUCAAGGACAAAGUGGCGUAGGUGUUGGAAAAGGAUUUGACAAGUUGGUCAAGUGGUGUGUGGAUAGACAAACUGAUGAAGGUGGGUUCAAUGGACGACUGAAUAAAUUAGUGGAUGCAUGUUAUGGAUUCUGGAUUGGUGCACUAUUUCCCAUGCUUGAUAUUUUGAGGACUUCCAAAUCCAGCAGCAAAUUAUAUUCAUCGUUGCACAAAGAGUCAACAAUAUUCAACAGAGAGGCGAUGUUGAAUUAUAUGCUACGGAUAGCUCAAAUCACGGAUGGCGAUGGCGGGUUUCGCGAUAAGCCUGGAAAAUGGCCAGAUUUCUAUCACACAAACUAUAGUCUUUGUGGUGUGAGUCUUUGCCAGCACCAAUACUAUUAUGAUUGUUAUAAAGAUGUCAAUUGUGAUGAGAAGAAACCUCUGAAUUUCUGCAACAAUGAACGGGAUACACCUUUAGCAUUCAAGAUUAAAACAAAGCCAGUGGAUGGUUCGGGGAAAAGUACAUAUCCCGUGCAUCCCGUGUUUGGUGUACCUGUUUCAUAUAUAAAUGCAGCUUGCAUGUAUGUUGAGCAAGGACUAGGGUCAGUUUUGUAA